UGUACUCUGGAAGUAUUUCUUGGCGCCGACCCGCAUGUUCUCGCUGCUUCCUGUGCUGCUGUAAGAGAGAUAGCUCGGGAAUCAACAGCUUACUCGAUCAAAAUAUUAGUUUGAAAUAAAAUUAGCUUCGCGUAGCAGCAGAGAUGAGUCUCCUCAACAAGCCCAAGUCUGAGAUGAACCCCGAGGAGCUGCAGAAGCGGGAGGAGGAGGAGUUCAACACGGGCCCGCUGUCUGUGCUCACGCAGUCCGUCAAGAACAACACGCAGGUCCUCAUCAACUGUCGCAACAAGAAGCUGCUGGGGCGUGUCAAGGCCUUCGACAGGCACUGCAACAUGGUCCUGGAGAAUGUGAAGGAGAUGUGGACCGAGGUGCCCAAGAGCGGGAAGGGCAAGAAGAAAUCCAAGCCGGUCAACAAGGACCGCUACAUCUCCAAGAUGUUCCUGAGAGGAGACUCUGUGAUCGUGGUGCUGAGGAACCCUCUCAUCACAGGGAAAUAACACGUCACACGCCACCCCCCCCUUUACCCUCUCCCCCUUCCCCCUCUCCCACAGCCAGGCUUGCAGCAGCACAAACCAGCAGGGUUACAGCAAUGGAAAUACGACUCCUAUUGCAGAGCAGUUUUGUAUUAUUAAUUAGUCAUUUAGCAGACGCUUUUAUCCAAGACUAGGGGGUGAACUGUGCAUCACAGCUGCUGCUGCAGAGUCACUUACAAUACGACCUGGAUUUUACUACCAACUUGAUUAGCUCCACUCACAGUAAAACCAGUAGUGGAUCAAACUGUUACGCAAUGGGAGUCUUUCUUCCAUCCCUGUGUUAGUUUCUAACCCUGAUUCAGGCUGAGCUCUCUUAUAUAACCUGCAUGCUGACCCCCAGGUGAGCGGCUGUAGAGUUGAUUGGAAGAAUUCACUGCUGCUCUCCACAGACUCACUUUCUCGACAAUACAAACCAGGUCAUCUCCAAUCACUAUUUCAACACGUUCUGUGUGUUUGUGAUGGGGGGCAGCACUGGGUGUUAAUGGGGUACAGCUUUGUGGAGAGCAGCUGUCCACACACACUGAAGCAGCUGUUUCAAUGGGAGUGGCAGAACAGACAACAGCAUCGCCCCUGUCCUGGGUGACGCUCAGUCAGAGCGAUCGGUUUGUGCAGCUCUAGCCUUCGCGUGGUUCACAGGGUGCGGCUAUUAAAGCUCCAAUGUGGAUAUAGUUGUUUCCUGUUAGUUCAUGUAACAUUUUUUUUUUCAUUAAAUGCCUUUGUGAAUAGAUCCUUUGCUUCGUUAUCCAGUUUCCAGAGCAGUGUGAGUCCUGAUGAUCACACGUUUUGAAAUCUCUCCUUUUUCAGCUAGUCUGUUUCAGUGUGUUGCGAUGUGUGAAAAUCUCAUUUUCACCCCGAUGUGUAUUUCUGAAAUGCAGUUUUACUCCUGGUCCCUAACCCUGGGGGCUGUGCAUUUACACAUUUUAUAGAGCGUAUACCAAGUGCAGAAACAGGCACUAGAUUGUAUUGAUCACAUUGUAAUGCAUUCAAAACUGCAAUCGUUGGACACGUCGCUGCUCCAGACAGCACUCAGAGCUGUGUGUGUUAAGUGUUAUAGAAACCCUGUAUUGAAUGAAUUCCUCACACCCCGCCAGAGGCAGUGUUUGUGAAGGGAACAUGCAGAUAUCCUACAACACAGACUCUACUGGCAAAAGGGAUGCCCCAGUUCCUCCAUAGUGUUUAUCUGGUUUGUGAUGAGCACACACACACCCCCUCUGGUUAUUCCCAGCAUUGGAAAGGGUUCCAUGUUCAAUUCAUUUGAUUAGUUUUGCACUGGAUAGUGUCUCAAAUUGCUCUGCAGAAGAAUGCCUGCCUGCCUGCCUGCCUGCCUGGGGGUGAAUUGGCCUGAAUGCAUUUUUUUUUCAAAAGCUCAAUACCUGUGAAUGAUUGCCUGUUUUUUUUAUUGUUCAAUUUUGUACAACAGAAAAAUAAAACCUAAACUAUACGCAAUACCUCAAGAACACCAGAUGUUUGUGGAUUGUUUUUCCUGUGUGCAGAGGGACUGCUGUCACAGAGGUUAUUAAUCUGUUUUAUUGGAGGGAAUGUUUUGGAGGCAGGACGAGAGAGAGGAGUUAUAAAGGUGCUUUUGAAGCAGGAAGUGUAGAUUUUUAUCACUAGUUUGACAUUUGAUAUGUGGUGUCUGGACCCAUUCUUCCAUGCAACAGCUUUCAUGGUAGCUGCAGGUAGAGUCUAAUGUGUUUCCAUUAAGGACGGGGAGGAUGGUGGUAAAACCAGCGCCCUAUUGCAGUGGAAUUUAUUUUAUUUUUUUUAAGUGUGAGUGACAUGUUUUUCAAUGUUGAAACCGGCAGUUUUGGCUUUUUUGUUUUUCUAAUAAAAAAAUUGGCUCAA